CGUGAACGGUGAUAGAUCAUAGGUGACUUUUAAACAAUUUAAACAUUAAACUGUGCAAGUUAAUUAAUUUACUGCAGUGAAUACGAGUUUCCUAUAGUGUGUCAUUGACUUGAGACGAAGUGUCAAAAUCGUUCUGAUUUGCUUUCGUGCUUCAUGAAACUUCAUCAAGGCGACCACCAAAAAUUCUUUGAUUAAACAUCACGCAAUCAUUUGAAAUCGAACUGUUUGAAGAGAAUAUUCUUUGGCUAAUCAUCGUAACUAAAUAAAAGCUUUACUUGUAGCACGAUUUCCACGGAAAUGAAAAUAUGUUCUUAAAUGCAUAUUGAAGUUAAAUAUUAAACAUCAUGGCAAAAGGUUUUUUUAUAUAAUUAACUAUCAAUUUGCACUUAAACAUGAUACCAAUGGAAAACAAUUGUCGAACACUCGUUAAGAUGUGUUUGUUUAAUGUUGUUUAUCACUGAUCACAUCUUUGCUGAGGUCAGAGAGUGAUGCCGGUUCAUCAGAUCAAUGUUAAUCCGCCUGACCGGCAACCACCUCUGUCGCUUGGUCCUUCCAAUAACAAUAGCCCUGCUGGUGGUGAAAGCUUACCAGAAUGGACACCAAGGGUAUCAACAUAUGCAACAGUAGUCACAAUCAUACCAGAUCAUUGUCACUCAUCAGUGAGCACAUUAUCAUCAAGCAAUCAUGAUAUUUGCAGAAUAUGUCAUUGUGAAGGUGAAGAAGGUGCUCCUCUUUUAGCACCUUGUUAUUGCAGUGGUAGUUUACGCUAUGUACAUCAGACUUGCCUUCAACAAUGGAUAAAAGCUUCAGACACGCGUGCUUGUGAAUUAUGUAAAUUCACAUUUAUUAUGCAUGCUAAAACAAAACCAUUUUGUGAGUGGGAAAAACUUGAAAUGUCUGCCCUAGAAGUUCGUAAAUUAUGGUGUGCAGUUGCUUUUCACGCAGUAGCUGCACUUUGCGUGGCUUGGUCUUUAUAUGUACUCGUCGAACGAUCUGUGGAAGAAGCUCGACGUGGAUACGUAGACUGGUCUUUCUGGACUAAAUUAAUUGUUGUCGUAAUUGGGUCUACAGGAGGUUUAGUUUUUAUGUACAUUCAGUGCAAAGCAUACAUUACACUAUGCAAAAAGUGGCGAGCAUUUAACAGAGUAAUAUUUAUUCAAAAUGCUCCUGAGAAAGUGGUGCUUCCUCCCUCACCUACAGACUCUUUGAGAGAAGUAACAUUGCCUCUAAAAGAUCCAACUGCCUCUAUGCCUGAGCUCAAUCAUACCUUAUUACCCCGUAACAUAGAUCCUCCAUGUGCCUCGCAGAUGGUAAAACCAGAUUCUGCCUUGGCACCACUAGUCUUCCGGUAUAUAGUUGCAAGGAGUAAGACGAAGGCACCGAAUCUAGUAGUGGUGAGCGUCAGUUUGUUAAAGUUGCGUCUGGAGUUUUAUUAUUACACUUGUCACAUUGUUGAAUUAAAUGACGCACAAGUGUUUGCUUGUAAUCGUAUGAUGUUGAAAACGUGA